AUGGCAAAACAACAGCCCACCACCCCCCUCCUAGCCAUCGGCUGCGAAGGCAGCGCCAACAAACUCGGCAUCGGCAUAAUAUCGCACGACCCAACGACCGGCAAAUCCGCCAUCCUGGCCAACAUCCGCGACACCUUCGUAUCCCCCCCCGGGACCGGAUUCCUGCCCAAAGACACAGCGCGACACCACCGCGCAUUCUUCGCGCGGGUCGCGCGCGCCGCCCUAUCCGCGGCCGGAGUCACGCAUCCCGAGAAGCAGCUACACUGCGUGUGCUACACGAAGGGGCCGGGGAUGGGCGCGCCGCUGCAAUCCGUGGCGGUCGCCGCGCGCACGCUGGCGCUGCUCUGGGACCUGCCCCUCGUCGGCGUGAACCACUGCGUCGGCCACAUCGAGAUGGGGCGCGAGAUCACGGGGGCCACGGACCCCGUCGUGCUGUACGUGUCGGGCGGCAACACGCAGGUGAUCGCGUACGCGGAGCGGCGGUACCGCAUCUUCGGCGAGACGCUGGACAUUGCCGUCGGCAACUGCCUCGACCGGUUCGCGCGCACCCUGGCCAUCAGCAACGACCCGGCUCCGGGCUAUAACAUCGAGCUGCUGGCUCGUCGGUCCUCGGGCCGCGUCUUGCUUGAUCUGCCGUAUGCGGUUAAGGGUAUGGAUUGUAGUUUUAGCGGCAUCCUGACUGCGGCCGAUUUGCUGGCCGCGCAGAUGCGCGAGCAGGAGGCGCGCGUUGCGGCGGGCGGGGAGGUCAAGGAAGAGGAUAGAAUUACGCCUGAGGAUCUGUGUUAUAGUCUCCAGGAGACUAUUUAUGCCAUGCUUGUCGAGAUCACCGAACGCGCUAUGGCACACGUAGGUAGUAGCCAGGUGCUUAUUGUAGGUGGCGUAGGAUGCAACGAACGUCUACAAGAGAUGAUGGGACAGAUGGCUAAGGAGAGAGGCGGAAGCGUAUAUGCGACUGACGAGCGCUUUUGCAUUGACAACGGAAUCAUGAUCGCGCAUGCAGGUCUACUGGCCUACGAGACAGGGUUCCGUACGCCCCUAGAGGAUAGUACUUGUACGCAACGAUUUAGAACAGAUGAGGUCUAUGUCAAAUGGAGAGAUUAA